CCGAGGGCUCAGAAGAGGCGCUGUUGCGCCAGCAAUGACGAGGUCCUCCUCCUCCUCUUCUCCCCUGAUGGGCAGGAAGAGAGUGGACAUCGUUCUUCUCUCACGAUCAUGGCUCGGCAUGGCAAUCCUGUUCCUCUUUCUUGAUGCGGACAGCUGCACCUUUGCCCAGUUUCCUGCAGGAGCCAAGUCAUCGCUACCGGACAAGGUGAAUGGCUUGAAGGAUGGGCGGCACAGGUUUUACUGCUUCCGCGGGUUCAAGAGGUGCAUGAGCGGCAUCAAGCAGUGCAUCAAAACGGAGCAAGAGUGCGACGGCGUGGAGGACUGCGCUGACGGGUCGGAUGCGGGUAUAGAUAGAUGCAAGUCCUUUGACUGCACUGCUGUGCAUCGCUACAAGUGUCCGAGUGGGAGGAUGUGCAUGAACGUCACAGCAAAGAGUGGCCUGUCAAUGGCCCGACAAUGUUACUACGUGGAUCCGUACAGUGGUUUCCUGUGCGACGGUACGAAACACUAUACAGACGGAUCAGACGAGGACGCCCGCUUCUGCGCUUCGUACGACUGCAACAGGGACGUGCCGCACACGCCACUGUAUCCGCCUGCUGGAAGCAGUGGACCACCGUGCCCAAGAAGACGUUGUCCCGGCGGAAAGGGCGGGUGUUUAACCGAGAGUCAGCUGUGCGACGGAGUUGUCAAUUGCGUUGGCGAUGGCGGAAGCGACGAGAGCGACGAGUACUGCAAGAAGCGCGGAUGCUCCCCUUCUAGUAACUCCGACUUGUUUCAAUGCUUGAGCGGCAGAUGCAUCAGUCGCCAGCUUGUGUGCGACGGUAGGAAGGAUUGUCCCGACGGCGAUGACAAAGGGAAGUUCUGCGAGAAGAUGGACUGUCCGUCGGGUAGGGUCAAGUGUGCGGGUGGGAGAAACCGGAUGUGCAUCCUGGGGAGUCAAGUGUGCGACGGAGUGGAGGACUGCCCGGCGGGAACGGACGAAAAGCAGUGCGGGUGCGCUUCUUUCAAGCUGUGCGACGGUGUGAAGCAGUGCAGGGACGGGUCCGACGAGGACCCCAGCCUCUGUCGCACAUACAACUGCUCCGAAGGGGAGGUCAAAUGCAAGGACGGGGUCACUUGCAUCAGCCCAAGAUCUCUCUGCGAUGGACUCAAGGACUGCCCGGACAAAUCGGAUGAAGAUCCGGCCUUCUGCCGCAAGCAGCACGACUGCUCCUCAGCUGCAGCAGCAGCUAUGGUAAAGUGCCCGGGAUGGGAGUACGUGUGGUGCACGUACGCCACUAGCCUGUGCAACGGCCGUGCCGGGGACUGCUAUGGGGACGAGGACGAGAAGCCGGAGUUUUGCAGUUCAGAGCAAACACGCAACCAGCUGGCUGCUGUCGGUCGCGUCAGUUGCAGGAGCAAUAUCACGGAGUACAUAAAUGGGGGUUAUUGUGACAAGAAGGUGGACUGCGCUGAUGGGAGUGACGAGAGGCAUGGGUUCUGCAGGCGGUACAAAUGCCCCGAAGGCCAAGUCAAGUGCUACGGCAAGUGGUGUGUCACCGGACGCCAUUGCGAUGGCAAACGCGACUGCCCGGACGAGUCAGACGAGAAAGGCUGCAGCGUUUAGAAGCUGACGAGGAAAGAAUCGGCGCGCAGUGUUGGUGCUCGAGAAUCCAGAAGGGCAGCCACUGCGUACUCUAAGGCUC